CUCAAAUCAUGUGAACGCGCAUACGUGCGGACGUGCAGCAGCGUGAACUAUUUACAGAGUCAUCUGAUUAGGUCUAAAACUACAGAUAGAAGGCCACCAGGAUGACUAGUGUGCUGUGUGGGCGAGCCCGGCUGGUGAUAUCCCAGUCGUCAGGGCGUCAGGCCCUAGCUGCGCUCAGGGUGGGUUGGAUACGAACCUUCUCAGCUGCUGGUUCUGAUGAGCCUUAUUUUGUCGUGUCACGGGGGGACUCAGACUCAGGCCCUAGGACAGUGUGGCCUGAUGAGAACAUGGGACCAUUCGGCCCCCAGGACCAGCGGUUCCAGUUGCCAGGUAACUCAGGCUUUGACUUUCACCUGGAAGGCAUGGCAGACCAGAGGUUUAAAGGCCCAGUCCACAGGACGGUACCUGACGUUCUGACUGUUGCUACUAGCAACGAGAGACAUGAGUUUGUACUGACCCAGUUUGUUGGCGAGUUUCAGGGCAAAAGUGGUCACAUGUUAUCGAGGAGCAUCCGCAAGGCAGAGCACUACUUUGAUCACCCCAAUGUGGACUGUUCUAUACAGACCUGUCCUGAGCUGCUGAAGAAAGAGUUGGAAUCCUAUUUCCCAACGGCCCCAGACAGCGCCAUCACUGUUGUCACGGUGAAACACACGAGAUGUGAGGUGAUCGACAAAGACCGAGAACAGCUACUUCAUAAAUUUGUUAGUGGUGCUAAGGAAAUCUGCUUUGCUCUGUGGACCGCUGGCUUCUGGGCUGACUUCAUUGACCCCUCAUCAGGAUCAGCUUUCUUUGGAGCUCACUCCAACAACCCACUACUCAAAGAGGAGUGGAGGCAUCAAGGUUUCCAUAUCGAGGCCUCUGGAUCCUGCACAGUUAUCCGUCACGUCUUGAGGGGAACACCUACGUUUGUUGGAACUGUUUUUACUACCGCCCCUGCCAAUAGUCAUGUCAUGGAAAGACUUCAAGGACAUUCAAGUGCAUCUGAAGACGGGGGCUAGUUUUUUAAUAUUUAAUUAUCACAAUGUGAUGAUGAUGUAUCUCACUAUCCAAAAGACUGUUUGUGCACGGUCAUCUCUUUGUCCACUUUGGAUAGUUUGGGAGGAAAACCCUUACCCAUAAUGACGUUGUCUUCACCACACCAGCAUGGAGAGAAAGUUCUUAUGGUUUGUUGUCCAAAUGUUGUCUUCACACACACUCCCAGAUCUGUUUGUGCUGUUUUGCCAAAGUUGUCGUGAGGACACAAACAGAUCUGGGACCAGGCUAUGUAACUACGUAUUUGGAAGUAGACGGGUAGAUUGCGUACAGUACUGCUGACUCUGAUGAUAUCAUGAAUACUUGACUGAGGAAGAUCCCUUUGGCAGCUAUGUUUAACAGCUGUGAAACACCCAAUAAACCACCUAGCUACC